UCAUUAUUGUUCCCUUCGCUCAAUAAAUUCUAAUUGUUGACUUUCACUUAUUCAUCUUUCUUCUUCAACUUUAUUUUCCCUGUGAUACUUGACUAAGUCCUCAGUAUUCAUUCAUUACCUACCUACCUAGGUAGUACUUCAUGUGAUACCCCUCUAUCGUCAUUCCCCUCUUCAUUUUCAACCACUAGCGCCUAGCUUUACAAGUAUCUCUUCAGAAUCGUCUUCAAUAGACUCAACUGUUCUAACUAUUUACCUUGACUCUUCUACAUUUUUUUCCGCAUGUUGUCUUGAAGAUAAAGACAUAAAACAUGUCGAUCAUCGACGAGAAAAGCGCUCCAAAAGCGGACGAAGCCGCUCAGGCUCGUCGUAUUUCUCUCAGCAACGCCCCCGAGGUCGUCAUGAAUGAGGCUCAGAGUGAAGGACCUAUACCCGUGGAGGCCGAGCUAGGAGCAGAAGAUGAUGUCCCCCCAGCCUAUAGCGAAUUCCAUGAUCAGUUCUCCCUUCACCAAACAGGUUUUGACGCUGGUGCUGCUGUUACGGAUGACGGCCGAGUCAACAUCAAUAUCAAUCAGACAAGUCGGCAUUUAGCCGAUUUCAUAGCUCCCGCUCUGCGUAAUCAGCUGAGAGAGAGCACCGAACCGGCAUCAACUCUCCCACCUGCCUAUAUCCCUCCUAGUUUAGGUGGCCAACCAGGUCAGACUCCACCUCCUCGAUUAAACGUGGUUAUACAGAUCGUGGGAUCGAGAGGCGAUGUGCAACCAUUUGUUGCGCUAGGGCAAGUUUUGAAGAAUACGUACGGCCAUCGUGUCCGAGUAGCUACGCAUACCACCUUCCAGAAAUUCGUUGAGGAAAAUGGCUUGGAAUUCUUCAAUAUCGGCGGCGACCCUGCCGAGCUUAUGGCCUUUAUGGUAAAAAAUCCAGGAUUAAUGCCUGGUAUGGAUGCGCUGAAGAGUGGCGAGAUAACUAAGCGAAGAAAGGGAAUUGAAGAGAUCGUUCUUGGCUGUUGGAGAUCUUGCAUAGAGACUGGAAAUGGCCUCGGCCCGGCCCCACGCUUCGACCGCCGAAGUAAAGUAGAUGCCGAACGCGAUGAGCUCCCGGCUCCCUUGCCCGAAGAAACGGGUCAUAAGCCAUUCAUCGCUGAUGCGAUCAUCGCGAACCCCCCAAGUUUUGCACAUAUACACGUAGCUGAGAAGCUGGGGGUACCUCUGCACCUGAUGUUCACUAUGCCUUGGUCGCCAACAAGAGCAUUUCCGCAGCCACUAGCAAAUAUUCAAUCGUCAAAUACGGAUCCUGUCACCACAAACUACGUUUCCUAUACGCUAGUUGAGAUGAUGACAUGGCAGGGACUUGGAGAUGUCAUUAACCGGUUUCGCACAAAGAUCCUCGAUCUUGAGCCACUAUCUAUACUCUGGGCGCCUGCUGUAUUAACCCGCCUUCGGAUUCCUUACACAUACUGCUGGUCUCCGGCUCUCAUCCCUAAACCGAAUGACUGGGGACAGCAUAUCGACGUUGCUGGGUUUUAUUUCCUCAACCUAGCAUCGUCUUAUACGCCAGAUCCUGAAUUAGCUGCAUUUCUUGCAGCAGGCCCACCCCCUAUCUACAUCGGCUUUGGUUCCAUUGUUGUGGAUGAUCCGAACGGCCUUACCAGAACAAUAUUUGACGCAGUGGCGGAAACCGGAGUGCGGGCUUUAGUCUCAAAGGGAUGGGGUGGGUUGGGAGCAGACUCGGUUGGUAUACCAGAUGGUGUUUUCAUGCUCGGCAAUGUUCCCCAUGACUGGCUAUUUCAACACGUCUCCGCUGUUUGUCAUCAUGGAGGUGCCGGAACCACAGCAGCCGGUAUCAAUGCUGGUAAACCUACUAUCGUCGUCCCGUUCUUCGGAGAUCAGCCAUUUUGGGGCGCUAUGGUUGCGAGAGCCGGGGCAGGACCGGAUCCCAUUCCGUAUAAGAGCCUCACUGCUGCAGGACUAGCCGAAGCUAUCCGGGUAGCAACCAAACCAGAGACCCAGGCACGAGCCCGCGAAUUAGGAGAGAAAAUACGCGAAGAGAAUGGCACAGAUGUUGGAGCCCAAAGCUUCCACAGACAUCUCAACGUUGACAGACUUCGAUGCGCACUAGCUCCUAGCCGAGUUGCCGUGUGGCGUCUCCGACGGACCCAGAUUUUCCUCAGCGCGUUGGCAGCUGCGACACUGGUUAAUGCCGGGUAUUUGCGAUACUCGGAUCUGAAAUUGUUCCGUGCAAACGAAUACAGUACCGAGGACCACCCGACAGAUCCUAUCUCAGCUUGUACGUCAGCUUUGAUAGGAGACAUUGGCACCAUUGCCAUGUCCGCGGCGGAUUUUCCAAGAGAACUUUUCAAAGCGGCAACACCAAAAUCAAGGUCUUCAGACAAACUUGGCGAUGAUUCAACAACAAUGUCAUCAAGUGAGGCUAAUAACAGCACGCCUAGCCUGAAGCCAGAAGGGCCAGCAGACUCAACAACAACAUUGGUGAAAUCGGAAUCGCUUAACGUACAUCAUAACCCAUUAGGUGCGGGGUCCGAGAACAAUAUUUCAACUACCUCGAUCCCUCUCACCCCGACAGGAACAGGGCAUUCACGAUCACCAUCUGGGACAGCGUCUAUCUUACGCCGUAACCGUACAGAUUCCUCACAUAGAUCAGGGGCAGCAUCGCCUAAUCUCCUGAGUAAUGAAAACUUCGAGAGCGCAAUCGGUGCUGGCAAGAGCAUCAACAACAUCGUGGCGACUGGGAUGAAGUCUCCUAUGAAUUUUUGUCUAGGACUUGCGAGAGGCUUCAGAAAUGCGCCAACUUUAUAUAACGAUGAUACCGUUCGUCCCGCAGAGAAAGUAACCGAUUUUGCCAGUGGCCUCAAGAUUGCUGGAAAGGAAUUCGGUUUUGGCAUGUUCGACGGGAUAACUGGAUUAGUGACGCAACCUAUUAGAGGCGCAGAGAAAGAAGGUGCGAUGGGAGCCUUAAAGGGGUUCAGCAAAGGUAUCGGAGGGUUGGUGUUCAAACCUGCGGCUGCUAUUUGGUCCAUUCCCGCAUACACAAUGCAGGGUGUACAUGCCGAAAUUCGGACGCUAUUUGCUCAGAGUGCCCAGAAGUACAUCAUUGCGUCUCGGAUCUCUCAAAGCCAGGAUGAUUUUGCGAACUCAUCGCCUGAGGAGCGGGAGGACAUAGAAGUUCGCUGGAUUUCCCAGAAAGAAAAUAUGAAGGAUUUUUACUUGUGGAAGCAGAAGGAGAAAGGAAAGGCCCGGGAUGAGUCUCCUGCAUCAUCAAAUCACGGCUCGGUCAUUACAGAGCAAAUUGUCGGCAACGAACCACCAAAAACGGGGUGGUUUAACACAAGGCACCUAUCUUACGAGGAAAGGAAGAAACUGCAGGAGCAGAAGAAAGCAUGGAAGAAGAAACGAGCGGAAGCGGCGGCGACAGGCGGCACAUUCAUUGAAGAGCAUCCGGCCACUAAUAGUACACGUGACGAUCAUAACUUUGAGGAAGCAAUUCUAACUGCGGUACGAGAAACCUCUAGAGGCGAUGAGUCCGAAGAUGCUCGGGUAGAACAAGCGAUUCGAUCGAGCGUCAGACUAUUACGAAGCAGAUCAACGACACUUUCGUCACUUGCCUCGACCAUAUCUCAGGCCACACAGGAUUCUGGAUACAUAUCUAUGGUUGAUCACAAACACCCAUUGCCAAAUCAUGAUAUCAAACAACCAGUGGCUGGGCCAGCACUACCACCCCGGAUGCCCGAAGACCUGACGAAUAUUACUGAUGAGGAGUAUCAAGCCUUAAUCGAACAAGCAGUUCAGUUGAGCAUAGCUGAGCAGCAAGGAAGCGGGGUUCAGAGACACGAUGUCGAUAGUAGCGAGGACGAGGAUUAUAAACGGGCCCUGGAGAGAUCGCAAACGGAACGUAGCGCGGGGGGUGAAGACGACCAAGACUAUAAGGAAGCCAUCCAAGCCUCUGGGGUAGAAGGUAGACGCCCAGACGACGAAGAAGAGCUAAGGAAGGCAAUCGAAGCUUCGCAGGCAGAACAGACUCAGGGGGUCACCGAUGAUGAAGAGCUCCGCCGCGCCAUCGAGGAGUCCGAGAAGGCACACAAGGAGCAGUUAGCACGCGCCUCGUCGUUGAGGACGGAGGAGGAUAUCGUGUUGGAGUACGUCAAGAAGCAGAGCCUGGCGGAGGAAGAAUUCCGCAAGACCAGGGGGAAACAAGCAGAUACGGCCGACGAAGACGAGGAGCUGAGGCGAGCGCUAGAGGAGAGCAUGCGCACGGAAAGCGGGGCUAGGCGUGGUGGGGGUGGCGGCCCGUCAUAGUCCUGAUGUGUGCGAAAGGGCGUGUAGGGAAUGGAUAAUGGAUACGAACACGAGUGAUUACGCGAGCAUACGAUAGGAUAAUGAUACCCUUACUUAAUUAGGAUUAUACAGGCUGAAAUAGCAAGUUGAUUGCGACAAUGGCUACUGCUUUUGGGUCUUGGUGACGUUUAUGUGUGCAUGUGAUUGUGAUGGGACUACUAGCUGUAUGAAUGGGCGUUGGGAA